AUGGCCGUCAAGCGCAAUCAGCGAGACCGCAAGGCUCACCAGGCCGCCAACAAGAAGAAGGAUCGGCCUGAAGGCGCGAAAACAUCCCGCCUCAAUCCCCGCCAGAGAAAGGCGGCAAAAGAGCAGCAAGAAGCAGAGCUGCAAUCCCUGCACAGUCAGAACAGACCCCCUCCGACUCCCUGGGCCAACCGCUUCGAUUGGGAGGCACUCCAGCGCGGUGAAGCAACCCAAAGCUUCUCCGAGUACAUUCCCCCACGGGUCCCUCCACCAGUGGUGGCUCGUCCUCCAGGAACGCUUCCUCCGUGGUUGCAACCUGAUGGUGGAAGGCCAACCAGCCCGACGCCUAGUGUGGUGCCACCAACACCCACUUCUCCCCGUGAGGUGCCACCAACACCCACUUCUUCCCGUGAGGUGCCAUCCCCACCCACGCUCCCCACGAAUGUGCUGCAACCAGCCAUUCGUCCUCCAGGAAUGCUCCCUCCGUGGAAGCUACCUGAUGGCAGAAGGCCAAACAGCCCGACGCCUAGUGUGGUGCAAUCAACACCCACUCCCCGCCGCGAGGUGCCAUCCUCACCCACGCUCCCCAUGAAUGUGCUGCAACCAGCCAUUCGUCCUCCAGGAAUGCUCCCUCCGUGGAAGCUACCUGAUGGCAGAAGGCCAAACAGCCCGACGCCUAGUGUGGUGCAAUCAACACCCACUCCCCGCCGCGAGGUGCCAUCUACACCCGCGGCCCUCACGGAUGCGCUGCAACCAGCCAUUCCCCUGUGGGCGCAGGAUUUAUUUGGUGAGCUGGAACCAGCCACUCCGACGCCCACAGCUCCUACUGAGGUGCAAGCCGCACCUUUAGUCACUCAGCCCGAAUUGCCUUCAGGCAGGGCCUUUAACCUGGGCAGAGAUGAAGAAAAAAUCAUCUCGAGUUCAAUCACGGACCUGAUCGCGAGAUCAAUGGACCGUCGCCACUCCGGUCCCUCAAAUGAUACCGGUUCAGAGUCAAAAUCCAUUGCUGGCUCUACUAUGUUCACAGCUGCUGAAGUCUGGAACAUACUACCAGCCGGUAUCCGCCAGAAGUACGCUCAGGCAGAGACUGCGCGCCAAUCGAGGCUCAAACAAAGAGACCCAAGUGUGCCUCCGGUCGAAACGUCGGAUAAAAAGCACGCAUUGAUCCUCACGAGAACUAGCGGGGCAGCCCCCCAAAGCCAAAGAACCGGUGAGGUCUUGAAGGCUGCUAUUCUUGCGCUGAGGUUGAGCACGUGGGGAGGAAUCCCAACUGCCAACAUUAGCUUGCACUUCUGGUUUGGUAGAAAAAGCCACCAGGAGAUACCACCGUUCGAGAACAUCUUGACGAUGUGGUCCGGCUAUAGAAAGCUGUACGAGUGGGUUGAGAGCGUUCGUUCUUACGCGGACCCCCUGAUCUUUGUGCGUGGCAUCGACGGGCUUACGUGCACUCCUUACACCAUUCGGAGUCUCCUCAGAUACACUGAGACGAGAGCCCCGAGUCUGCGUGUUGGGAUCUACCAGUCGAACAUGAGCGAAGGCUUUCCCAUGUUAGCUGCCCAAGCCGGCUUUGAUCAAAUCUUGCUGGGCUAUUUCUUCAUCAUCCGCGUUGACAUCCUCGCGCGCAGCUGCCGUCAGAGCCUGGCUGAGACGAAUGUCACGGACCAGAUUUCCUCCCUGCUUAUAACAGCUUGGGACCGUAUUCACAUCGACAAGAUCUCAAACGGAAUGGAUAUCAACAGGGGCAGAAACAUGAUUGUCCUGAACUGA